CUCCCUCUCUCUCUCUCUCUCUCUCUCUCUCUCUCCCUCUUCCAUAUCUCACAUGGAGGAAUGUUCAUUUCUUGAUCUUUGCUACUCUAUAUCUCACUCUUCUUUUACCAAAACAACAUUCAUCUGUUUGACAUUACUUUUUUGAUCAUCACUACACGUCAGACUUGCAUGUUUGGCUAAUCAUUCAUCCCAAGUACGAGUCUUCAGCCUUAUCGCUUCUUAUCGCAUGCAUUCAUAUUGAAAGACGGACGACUUCGGGAAAGCCGAGGAAUCAUUCUAUAACUGGUCCCUCUCUCUAAAUACCUUCUCGCUCUAUCAUCUCGUGGCUCAGUUUUUCAAUACUUCGGCUUGUCUCAAAACUGCGCACAUCACAAUAUCCAACAUUCACAUCAGACAUUUACUUUUAAAUCCCUGUAUCCCUUCCUCUUGCUUUGGCUCACGCAUUUUCUAUAUUUUUCUAAUUCGAAAUUCCACCUUGGGAGCUUUCCAUUGCAAUGUCAAUAACAGCGGCAAGUUACGAGCGAAUAUCCAACAAAUACGAACCACCUUCGAAAGGGAUAGUUGAUAUCUAUUCCCAAAAGGGCUUUGUAUUGGACAACAACGGUGAUUCACGGUGUGUAAAAUCGAUUGUUGAAUUACCCGUUCAAUUGCCACCUUCACCAGCCGAUAGUGACAUGAUGGAUCUUAGUCCGCCAUCCUCAUCGACCUCUCCCAUUAUUCUUGAAGAGCAACGAAUCACCAGAGAUAUUUCACGCGGUACUCCUGGCGAUAUGCAGAAAUCGAGUGUGUCAAAAUCACCAGAGCAAAAGCAGUUGGCGAUGAAGAGAAGUCAGUAUUAUGGUGAUGCGUUUGCAUAUCGAGAAUCGGCGGGUAGUGCGAGAGAAAGAGUGAGCAGGGAUAGCAUGGUUCUUUGUGAGCUGGUAACAAAUGUUAUUAUGCGUGAAGAACACACCCUUCUUACAAGUCUCUCUAACCUUCUUUCAACUCGCUAUCAGCGUCCCGAAUCCUCCAUUUUCGUCACUCUCAAACACUCGGCAUGCUUUAUCGUAGCUGGAACUUUCGAACCUGCAUAUAUUAUGACUAUCACCGGGCUUCCAUCACAAAUGCAACCAACUACGAACAAGAGAAAUGCAUCAUUACUCCAAAAUUAUAUGGCCACUAGUGAAUUAUAUGUUGAGCCAGAGCGUGGUAUUAUUAAAUUUGUGCCAUUGGCCGAGGAGAAUUUCGCAACAAACGGGAAAACUGUUGCUGGUGAGAUAGAAGAAUUGGAACGAGAAGUUGCAAAUGAGGCCUCGGGAUUCCGCAACUUGCAUUCGUCGGGAAGCGUCAAGAGUAAGAAGAGACAGACUGCAAAGUCCUCUAAGAGUCAGAAGUCCAGGCAGUUACAAACCCAUGAAGAAUAUACUCCAUCCGUCAGUUCGAGGGCAACACCACCAUUACCGCCUAUGCCAAAUAAUGACAAUACAUUGGAUACCAAGUCGUUGAAUGUGCGGAAGUUGGGGAGAAGAAAAAGUUUUAUGGCUGCAGUUUUUGGAAGCAAGUCCAAGUCUUGAGGAUAGCGAGAUGGUAUAGGUGAGAAGGUGAUUCAGGUGAAACAUCUUUAAGGUGGUCUAGCGACCCACAAAAUUAUAAAAGUGCUUGAAUUAUGGUUAUCUGUGUAGCGACGGAGUUUCAGGGAAUAUGAUACCUGCAAUACAUGGGUGGAUGGAAAAGAUCGAUGCGAUCCAUGGGAUAAGAGAAUACUUUGUGAGAGGGUCAUUGCUUCACUGGUUGGAUACGGCGUCAUAUUAUAAGAAUGGCAAGGUGGUCUCUAUGGAUAUCUUACAAGGGGCUUCUCUCAUGUCGACUAUGGGAAUAAAUUACAAGAGGGGUUUAUGGGGUGAAGGUAUGGAUGGAAUGGAUGGAAUGGAAUAAAUAAUGUUAAUAUUAGGAUUUAUAAAUUAAACUUCUCUUGGGUUUUGCUAUUAGGCUUGAUCAGGAGGUAGAAUAUUAAUAUAAUUCAGGGGGUUACUUGAAUGAUUAUUAUGGCAGAAUGAAUUGUUGUAAU